AUGCCUCCCGUCCUAACCGCCCUCGUCACGGCAGGCAGUGCAGGGCUCGGCGCCGCGACAGCCAAGCUCUUCGCCCGCAACGGCUAUAAUGUCGUCAUCAACUACGCCAACGAUGCCGACCGUGCCGCCGCUCUGGUCCGCGAGCUCCGGUCCCUCUCCCCGCUGCCGGCGGACCAGCAGCGAUUCGGCGCCGUCAAGGCAGACCUCUCCAACAGGCUCGAGACGCCUGGACUCGUCCGGCAGGCAGUCGAAGUGCUCGGAGGAACCGGCCUGGAUGUUGUCUUCUCUAACGGCGGCUGGACGCGGCUACGCGACAUCGCCGACCUCGACGACAACGUUGACGAGGACGACUGGGAUCGCUGCUUCAACAUGAACGUCAAGUCGCACUUGUUCCUCAUGCACGCCGCGCGGCCAUAUCUGGAUGAGGCCGAGGGCGUCUUCAUCACCACGGCGUCGCUAGCCGGCGUCAAAGUCAGCGGGAGCUCCCUAGCCUAUGCCGUGACCAAGGCAGCACAGCUACACCUCGUGAAGGGUCUGGCGAUAGCAGCCGGCCCGAAGGACUGGGGUCUGCAGUUCCCCGAGGAGAAGCAGCAGGCGGCGCGGGACAGAACGCCCCUCAAACGUCUCGCCACAGUCGAGGACGUGGCUGAACAAGUCCUGUGCUUCGCCCGUAGCAGGAGCGUCACCGGCGCCAACGCCGUCAUUGACGGGGGCCUGAGCAUAUGA